UGCAACAAACUGCAUGCUUUAGUCCCACUGACAUGUACGGAAGUUAUUAAAGAGUUCCGCUAAGGGCCACAACUGUAUUUAGUGCAAUUCUCUAAAAAGGUGGUGGAUCCAAGUUCCAACACAAAGUUUCAAAGCAAAGUUUUCCCAAAGUUGUGGGCUGCAUUGACGGGACCCAGAUAAGAAUUCAAGCCCCAUCAGUAAAUGAACCUGACUAUGUAAACAGGAAGGGAUUCCAUAGCCUCAAUGUUCAGAUGGUAUGUGAUCCCACUUUCAAGGUGACCUCACUUUGUGCCCGUUGGCCUGGAUCAUGUCAUGAUUCCAGAAUUUGGAGGAACUCACAUCUUUGUCAACAGUUUGAAAAUGGGUUGCAUGAUGGGAUUCUGCUCGGUGAUUCUGGAUACCCCCUCACAAGAUAUCUGAUGACGCCCUACUUAGCACCAGUGACACGAUCUGAGGAGAGGUAUAAUGCCAGCCUAUGUCAGACCCGUGUCUUGAUUGAGCAGACCUUUGGCAUCAUGAAGAGGCGAUUCCAAGCUCUCCAAACCGGGUUCAGGGUAUCCCCAGACCAAGCAGUACAGUUCAUUACAGCUUGUGUGGUACUGCAUAAUCUGGGAAUUGACAGGGGGGACAUUUGUGUGCAGCAGAAUUUGACAAACAUUGAUGUUGCCGCCUGCAUCCAGCAGCAUAUCAUGGAACCAGGACAAGUCCGCAAUGAUGGAGUGUUGAAGAGGGCAGCGAUAACACAGGGAUUUUUUUGAAAGAAAUAUUAAUGCAAACUUUAGAUUGAUAAGUGUCCCUAGUUUACUUGAGAUUAUCCAGAGAAGUAAACAAUAAAGCCAAGUCAGAUAAAACAUUCAUAUAUUUAAUUUUAUUAACUUAAUUUUUCAUGAAAAUGAAUCAGAUUUGCUCUCUCUCUCUCUCUCUCUCUCUCUCUCUCUCUCUCUCUUAAUUUCUCUUUCUCACACAUAUACAACAUGUUUUCAAAGGUUUUUAAAAUAUAAUAGGCCUAUGAGCUACAAUACUCACAUAAUUCACAUUGUUUCGCCUUGGUAAAUUAAGAUCUAAGCUAACUUGAAUUUGCACAAUUUAAGGUAUUUACAUCCUUGUGUGAUGUCAGAGGUCUAGCUAAAAAUGUUAUUA